GAGAGAGAGAAAGAGAGAGAGAGAGAGAGAAUAUAGGCAUGGAUCACUAAUGAUAAUGAUAUUUUUACUGCAAGAGGGACAUUGACCUAGGGCAACUAAAAGAAAAAAAAAGCUCAGUGAGUGCCAGUAACCUACAGGAAAGUAAAAAAGGAUCAUCCAAAACUGGAGGAUAAGUGUCUUCAAACCUCCCUCUUGAAAGAGUUGAAGUCACAGGAAGAGGGAAAUACAGAAGCAGGCAGGGAGUUCCAGAUGAUGAGGAUAACUAAUAACAUGAUCUUGCCUCAUUGCUAUCAGGUGACAGUACAAGUGAAUGGUUACUUUGGUGCAUGUUUUGGUGCCUGUGCCCUCACCUACGAUGAUGCCACCUCUCCCAUGCUGACUGGCGUCUCCGGCACUGUAGGCGAGGGGCUGCAGCACACCCUCACCCUGAGUGGCACGGCCAUCACUGCCACCCAGCUCACCUGCACUGUAGCACUGUGGGGCAGCUUGCAUUCAGUGGCACUCAGCAUGCAGCCGGCUGGCUCGGCACUGCUCCCCUCCUCCAUCAUCUACAUGGUGCCAGUCACCGUGGUUGCACUCAGCAUCACGGAGGGCAGCACUGGUGGACAGUAUCCUCUCACUGUGAUUGGCACUGGCUUCCCAGACAGUGAUGGGUGGGAGGCUGGCAGUGCCAUUAUGACUCUGGGUGGCAAGAAGUGUGUGGUUAUCUCUGGUGGACCCACAAAGGUCACCUGCACAGUGCCUGCUGGUGUGAGUAUAAAGUGUGUGUGUGUGUAUUUACCUAGUUGUAUUUACCUAGUUAUGCUUUAUGGGAAAAGAGUUAUGCUUGUGCUGUCCCAUCUCCAUAUCUUUUAAUAUCCAACUUAGCCUUGAAUCCAUGUAUACUUUCUUCAUUUACUAUCUCCUCAUCCCGACUGUUCCAUACAUCAAUACAAUGGGUACUUUUUGGCGUCUCUUCUACAAGCACUCCUCUUCAGCCUCUUUCCAUGUCCUCUAGUGUCCCGUGUAUCCCAGACCAUUAAGUUGCUCCGGUCCACCUCCUCUACUCCCUUAUAUGCUUUAUAUAUCGCAAUCAUGUCUUCCCUUUCUCUCCUCUUUUCCAACGUUUGUAGAUGUAUCCUUUCCAGUCUCUCUUCAUAUGACAAGUCUCUGAUACUUGGUACCAUCUUCGUAGCUGCUCUCUGAACUCUCUCCAACUUACUUUUAUCCUUUUUCUUGUAUGGCGACCAAACUACUGCUGCAUAUUCUAGUCUGGGUCUUAUCAGCGACACGAUCAUCUUCCUGACCAUCUCUUCAUCCAUAUAUGCAAAGGCCUGCCUUAUUCUUCUCAACAAGUUAUAGGUUACUCCUGUAAUUUUGCUAAUGUGUCUCUCCGGGGUCAGGUUCCCAGUCACUGUAACACCGAGAUCCUUUUCCUCUUCUGCUCCACUCAACCUUACACCAUUCAACACAUAAUUUCCUUUUACUCUUCUUGUACUUUUUCCAAAUUCUAUUACUUUACACUUCUUUAAAUUAAAUUCCAUUUCCCAUCUAUAACUCCACUCUGAUAUCUUGUUCAGGUCUUCUUGUAACGUUCCACAGUCCUCUGCACUCUCAACUUUCUUCAGCAACUUUGCAUCAUCCGCAAAAAGGCUCAUGUAGCUUUUCACCUUCUCCGUCAUAUCAUUUAUAUAGACU